ACAUGAUUUCAGCUGGUGGGAGGGGUGUGGUGAGGACUCUCGCGAGACCUGAAGGUACCGCGGCGGUGGCGGCCAGGGGUAGGAAAGGACCGGAAGUCCUUCAUCUUGAGCGUCCAAUGCUGGAAGCGGCCUGACUUUUUUCUCCGGAAACCCUUUUCCAGGGCCUGGGAAGGCUGCCCACCUGGCCGGAAGUCCCACCUCCUUGAGUUCCCCCACCCUUCCAGAAGUUUGUCACCUGUGCUUACCUCCGUUUUCUUUGCCCGUUUUAUUCCUGUAUCAGAAAAGGAUACAUUUAGUACUUCUCUUAGCUCCACUAAACGGGUUCGAUAUUUCACUCCCCGAGUCCGGGUUCCUUCCCCCCGCCUCCAUGUAGCUGGGAAGUGGGACCUGGGGGUGGUUGGACCCCUAGGAUCUUGGAGGGGCGGAGAGGGCGCAGAACUCCCCUUCUGCUCCUGCUACCAGAACGCGGCCUCCUCAACCACUCCCCUCCCGCUGCCAUGCACCCUGCGGCCUUCCCGCUUCCUGUGGUUGUGGCCACUGUGCUAUGGGGAGCAGUCCCCAUCCAGGGGCUCAUUCGAGCGACCUCGGACCACAAUGCCAGCAUGGACUUUGCAGAUCUCCCAGCUCUCUUUGGGGCUGCCUUGAGCCAGGAGGGACUUCAGGGCUUCCUCGUGGAGGCUCAUCCGGCCAAUGCCUGCAGCCCCAUUGCCCCACCACCCCCAGCCCCGGUCAACGGGUCAGUCUUUAUUGCACUGCUUCGAAGAUUCGACUGCAACUUUGAUCUCAAGGUCCUAAAUGCUCAGAAGGCUGGGUAUGGUGCAGCUGUGGUACACAAUGUGAAUUCCAAUGAACUUCUGAACAUGGUGUGGAAUAGUGAGGAAAUCCAGCAGCAGAUCUGGAUCCCGUCUGUGUUUAUUGGGGAGAGGAGCUCCGAGUACCUGCGUGCCCUCUUUGUCUACGAGAAGGGGGCUCGGGUGCUUCUGGUACCAGACAAUAGCUUCCCCUUGGGAUAUUACCUCAUCCCUUUCACAGGGAUUGUGGGACUGCUGGUUUUGGCCAUGGGAGCAGUGAUGAUAGUUCGUUGUAUCCAGCACCGGAAACGGCUCCAGCGGAAUCGACUGACCAAAGAGCAACUGAAACAGAUUCCUACACAUGACUAUCAGAAGGGGGACCAGUAUGAUGUCUGUGCCAUUUGCCUAGAUGAGUAUGAGGAUGGGGACAAGCUGAGGGUACUCCCCUGUGCUCAUGCCUAUCAUAGCCGCUGUGUGGACCCCUGGCUCACUCAGACCCGGAAGACUUGCCCCAUCUGCAAGCAGCCUGUCCAUCGAGGACCUGGGGAUGAGGAGCAGGAAGAAACUCCAGGACAAGAUGGUGAUGAGGAAGAGGAACCAAGGGACCAUCCUGCCUCAGAGCAGACUCCACUUCUGGGCUCCAGCCCCAGAGGUCCCACUUCUUUUGGCUCCCUAGCCCCAGCCCCCCUUAUUUUCCCUGGGUCUUCAGCAGAUCCCUCACCCUCCCCUUCCUCCUCAGCUGCCAUCCUGAUCUAAUACCCUUUUGUCACUCCCCACCUGUGAUGACCUAUUUUGCACAGCCCCUUUCUCCCUCUAGUCUUCUGUUGAGGGGUAGGGGGCAUUCCGCCCUAGGUUUCUCCCUUACCCAACCCCAUCCUUUUGAGGGGGUUGGGAGUACAAAGGGACUGGGUCUAUUGGGUUAAUAAAGUUGUUUUUGUCAACUAA